ACAUCCGGUACUUCCGGUUAAAGCAGAAAGGAGAAAAUGAUGAUUCAAACUGCUAUGGAAGUGGAUGACACAGUUGGGUGUGUGGAGUGUCUGCUGAGUGGGAACCAGGACAAGUGGAUGAGUUCCAUAGUAUGCCUGAAGAAUGGUGUAAUCGGGAACAACAAGCAAAAAUGUGUUGUGAUCAACCAAGGUGUUAUUCCAAGGCUUCUACAGUGGAUGAUUGAUGAUGAUGCUGAAGUGGGUCUGAGAACUGAGGCAGCCAUUGUGCUAGGAAGUCUGGCCAAAGGCACAGAAGAAAAUAUCCAGCAUUUAGUGGACUCUGGCUGUGUCACUGUCCUGCUCAAAGGUUUAUCAAACAAUAACCUGAAGUUUGUAGAGGCUUGCCUGAGAUGUCUUCGCACUAUUUUCCUGUCCAGUAAUCCACCUGUUCACCAUGUGUACCAGGAUGCGACAGUCGUACCACAUCUUAUCAACAUCAUGUCGAAGUCUGUUUGUACACAGGAGUGUAUCACCACCAUAUUCGCCAACUGUUGCCGAACGGUGGAGCACCAGAAUGCCCUGUGUAGGAAUAGUGCCAUACCGGCUUUAGCUCCUCUGUUGACUUCCAGUGUAUACAAGGUACAGAUGCCCACUCUGAAAUGUUUUGCAGUCCUGUGUUAUAAAAAUGAAGAGGCUGCCAGAGCUACAGCAGCAGCAUCUUACAAUGGGGAGUCCAUAUCGUCCCUCCUUGUCAAACUUUUGACUAGAGACAAAACCUCGGAGAUGCAGAUGGCAGCGGCCAAGUGCUUGACUUACCUCUGUCGUGGCGGAGCAAUUACUCCACAAAACCCCAUCAUAAUGUUGAAGACCAUGCCGACACUGAUCCGUAUGUGUAAGAAAGACCGGACAUUGGAGGAGAAUGUGGAGGGAGCAGAGACUCUCGCAUACCUCAUCGAGGGCGACGCCCAACUUCAGCAGGUGGCAUCAGUGUCUGAUCACAUUAUCAAGACUCUGGCUGAAUACAUUCGCUACACCGAUGUCCAACAGAUCAAUACUCGGGCCAUGCAUAGGAAGGCCCAGGACACUAAUUGGAGCAAUGAAUUGAAACAAGCUGCUUUUAAGGCCUUUGCUUCCUUAGGGGCCAAUGACGAGGAAAUCAGGAAAAAGAUAAUUGAGACGGAGAAUUUGAUGGACCACAUUAUAGUUGGUGUGACCAGUGAGGAUAUGAAGGUUAAGGGCGCAGCUAUCCGAUGUCUACACAGCAUGUCCCGGUCAGUCCAACAGCUCCGUACAACAUUUCAGGACCACUCCGUGUGGAAACCCCUCAUGUCGCAGAUCAUACAGUACUGCCCAGAAGAUUUGUUGGGUGUGGCGUCCUCGACCAUGUGUAAUCUACUGCUGGAGUUCUCACCGGGCAAGGAAUCCAUAUUGGAGUCUGGAGCUAUUGAGAUUUUGGUAGGACUGACCACCCGAGUGGAGCCAGAAUUACGUCUCAACGGAAUCUGGGGUCUCAUGAAUAUGGCAUUCCAAGCGGAACACAAGGUGAAGACCCAGAUAAUAGAUAAAGUGGGUAUAGAACAACUCUUCAGGCUUCUGUCCGACCAAGAUCCAAACAUCUUGAUGAAGACUCUUGGACUCAUACGCAACCUCCUCUCAAACAAACCACACAUAGACAGUAUAAUGAAAGCGUAUGGCACGGAGAUCAUGCAGGCAGCAGUGUUUAUACUUGAAGGAGAUCACACAGCAGACAUCAAAGAACAGACCCUGUGUAUUCUGACAAAUGUUGCUGAUGGUGAUCAGGCUAGGGAAUACAUUAUUGGGAAUGAGGAUGUUCUUAAAAAACUAACGACAUACAUGGUCCAUACCAAUGUAAAACUACAAAUAGCGGCUACCACGUGCAUAUCUAAUCUUGUAUGGAACGAAGAAGAAGGUGCCUAUAAACGUCAACAGAAGCUUCGAGAUUUAGGUGUUCUAAAAUUAUUACAGCAACUACUUAACACGCCAGACGCUACACUUUUUGAAAAAGUAAAAACGACACUUCACCAGUUCACAUGACUAGGGUUCAGUGUGUAUGAGGAGGUCUACAUCUGAGGAAUAGAAUUAUAGACAGCAUUCAAUAGAAACGUUUACUGAAUAAAUUAAAAGUGCUGUGACAUAUGCUGGUAAAGAUGCUGUUUUAUGAAGAAAAUUUUAUUUCAUGUGUAAGUUGUUACUGUUUGGAGAUACAACCUGUGACUGAGACAUUGUCAAGUUUGACAGGACAAUCACGAAAAUAAUCUCUUUGGACACGAGAUCAAAAUGACACGUGUACAAGUGUACUGCAGUAAAACAUCUUUAGAUUUCCUACCAAUGAAGUCAGGAAGUAUGCUUAGAAGUUAAUUAUGAAUGUCAUGGAAUAAUAGCUGGAUGCCAAGCAUUAAAUUAAGUUGUCCUGAGAUUGGGUAGGAAAACAAUUAUGUUGUAAACUUUGAUAGAAUAUUCUGUCCAUGCUUUGAGUACACUAUAAAAAACAGCUGUAUUCAUGGUCUCACAUUUGACGUCAAUUCUUGGAGAUUUUGUUUAGAUAAUGUUUUGUUAUUAAGCAGAUAGCAAUUGAAAAAGAAAAUAUAAAUUAUUAUAUCUGUUUCUGGCUCUCUACACAGUUCCUGCAAAUGUUUGUAUCAAUAUUGUUUUUAUUUUUACCAGCUUUAUCACUGACGAGAUAGGGUAUUGGUCUCUACAUGUAUUUGUAAGGCUGUGCCAUUAAGUUAAAAUGUUUGAAAUCUUGCUCGAGUAGCAGUGCUAUAUGGUAUGAUGUUUCAUGAGAGCUAUCAUGAUUUUAUAUUGUUAUAUAUGAAAUUUUUGUUUUGGUGUAUUGAUGGAAGAGCAGUAUUUAAUCAAUUAAUGAAUUUUGUUUACUUUCAACAUUAUAUGAAAUAGCUGUGAUUAAAUCUUCAGAGAAACCAUGAGUCUUAAGUAAUAGUUAUUCAAGAAACUUUUUAUUUAACAAAAUCUUUCUGAGGUAAUAUGGGUGAUCGGGUGGCAUAAUAGUAGCACACUUACCAUUCACUUAGACAGCAAGAGUUUAACUCCGUGAUCGAAUAUGACAAUGUGAGCUUUCAUCCGGGCCAGUAGGAAUCAUAAGUUGAUGUAACUUCUUACACAAUUGUUGUAAAAUAAGAAAUUUAUAUUUAUAACAAAGCAUUGUGAAGUAAGUCACAUUACUUACACUCAAUAGUUUUUGCAAUAAGAAAAGGACGAGUGAGCUAUAGUGCUAAUGAUUUUACUCCGUAAUAUAUAUCUGUAUAGAUGUAAGGUGUGUAAUGUAACCUGUCAUAUAGAGUUCAGAAUUAAGAAGUUUUGAUUGAUAAUUCUUUCAUGUAAAACAUUAUUAUAAUACUGUUAUUGAUAAGUAAAGUUAAUUCUUCAAUUUUUUUUUACAUGUUUAAGAACAAAUUUUUUUUUCGCUUAUUGAAUGUACAAACCCUUCAGGUUUAAAAUGUACCAGACCCCUAAUGAACUAUUGUUAUAUAUUGUAUUUUCAUAUUGUGAAGAUUUUACUUUAUGCUAGAACAUUACUGUUACAUGUGUUGGUCCUGAAUAAAUCAUUGUAAAUGUGAA